AUGGAACCCGAAAGGAAAGCGAUUCCACUGCAGAGGCAAGUCUUCUUUCUUUUUUUUUUGCUAUGGGUGUCUGAGGCCGGUGGUGACCUGGGAAGGUUUACAGUGGCGGAGGAGACUGAGAGCGGCUCCUUUGUGACGAAUGUAGCAAUGGCCCUGGGGUUACAGUUAGGGGAUCUGUCAGCCAGAGGGGCCCGAAUCGCUUCCAAAGGAAAUAAGCAGCAUUUACAGCUAAAUCGAGAAACUGGAGAUCUGAACCUUAAGGAAAAAUUGGACCGGGAGGAGUUGUGCGGCUCCACAGAGCCCUGUCUGCUGCCUUUUCAAAUCUUACUGGAAAACCCUUUAAAGAUAGUUCGGGCUGAACUGAGAGUGGAAGACAUUAAUGACCAUUCGCCCGUGUUCCUAGAAUCGGAGAUGCUCUUGAGAAUCCCCGAAAAUAGUAUUCCGGGUUCUGUCUUGCCUCUGAAAAACGCAGAAGAUUUAGACGUAGGACCUAACGCUGUACAGAACUAUACCCUCAGCCCUAACUACCAUUUCCACCUUCAGACUCACAGCCGAGGAGAAGGCAGGAAAUUCCCAGAGCUGGUGUUAAGCAAAGCCCUGGACCGUGAGGAGCAGGCAGAGUUUAUACUAAUCCUCACGGCAGUAGAUGGUGGAUCCCCGCCCAGGUCUGGGACAGCUCGCGUCCGCAUUGUGGUUGUGGACAUUAAUGAUAAUGCUCCUUUAUUUGUUCAACCUCGAUAUGAGGUUCAGGUCCCAGAGAACAAUUCCAUUGGCUUCCUGGUUGUCACCGUCUCUGCUAGAGACUUGGACGCUGGAAAUUACGGAGAGAUACUAUAUUCCCUUUUUCAUAGUUCUGAAGAAAUUAGCAAAACUUUUGAAAUAAAUCCCAUCUCAGGAGAUAUUAGACUCAGAAAAAAACUAGAUUUUGAGACAAUUCAACGGUAUGAGAUAGAUGUUGAAGGAACUGAUGGCGGUGGCCUUUCUGGGAAAUGUACUGUAAUUAUUCAGGUGACAGAUCUGAACGACAAUGCCCCUGAACUGGCUAUGUCGUCACUUACCAGUCCCAUUCCAGAGAAUGCACCUGAGAUGGUGGUGGCUGUUUUCAGUAUUUCAGAUUUGGAUUCAGGAGAAAAUGGAAGGCUGGUUUGCUCCAUUCAGGAAGAUAUCCCCUUUACCCUGCAACCUUCCAUAGAAAAUUUUUAUACCUUGAUAACAGAAGGAGGGCUGGAUAGAGAAAGUAAGGCCCAAUAUAACAUCAUGAUUACUGUCAUGGAUUUGGGGUUUCCGAGGCUCCAAACAGUUCAUAAUAUCACAGUGUUUAUCUCAGACGUCAAUGACAACCCACCAGUAUUUACUCAGACAGCAUAUAUAUUCUACCUGGAGGAGAACAAUACUCCUGCCUCACACCUGGGCAAUGUCAGUGCCAAUGACAGGGACUCUGGGACUAAUGCCAAGGUAACCUAUUCAUUGCAGCCUUCCAAGUCUGAAAAUCUGUCCCUCUCUUCCUAUAUCUCCAUCAAUUCAGACAAUGGACAUCUCUAUGCUCUGAGAUCCUUGGAUUAUGAAGCCAUCCAAACUUUUCAGUUCAUUGUAAAGGCAACUGAUGGAGGGUCCCCAGCCCUGAGCAGUCAGACUUUGGUUCAAGUUGUGGUCCUGGAUGAGAAUGACAACUCACCCUUUGUGCUAUAUCCUUUGCAAAAUGGUACAGCUCCCUGCAAUGACCUGGUGCCCAGGACAGCAGAGCCAGGUUACCUGGUCACCAAAGUGGUAGCUGUGGAUGGAGACUCAGGACAGAAUUCCUGGCUUUCCUACCAACUUCUCAAGGCCACAGACCCAGGACUCUUCACCAUAUGGGCCCAUAAUGGGGAAGUUCAUACAGUGAGGCCCAUCAGUGACAGAGAUGCCAUCAAACAGAGGCUCCUGAUAUUGGUUAAGGACAAUGGGCAACCACCUCUGUCCACAGCAGCCACACUAAAUGUGCUCCUGGUGGAUGGAUUCUCUGAGCCAUAUGUAAAACGCCAAGAAUCUAUCAAAGAAUCAACCCAGAUUGAUUCUCUCACUCUUUACUUGAUCAUUUCUUUGGCUUCUGUCUCUUUUCUCUUCCUGAUCUCUGCCAUCCUGUUCACUGUACUACACCUAUGGAAAAAGAAAAGAGAUUCUUCAGACAUGGGCCACCUUAGAGCCAGUGCCCCCUUCCCAAGUCGUUUAGUAGAUAUCAAUAGCACUGGGACCCUGUCCCAUAGCUACCAGUAUGAGGUGUGUCUGGCCAAUGAUUCUGGAACCAAUGAAUUUAAGUUUUUGAAGCCAAUUAUUCCCAGCCUCCAUGCUCACCAUGAUGGGAAAGAUUCAGAGGAAAAUCCUACCUUCAGGAAUAGCUUAGAUUUCAGUUAGGGGUGAAAAUUUCCCCUAAUAGAUAUUAAUUCUACCAAGACUACUUCUUUUUUUCUCUGUUCUGAAUGAGACUUUAAAUAAAUGUUAGAUCUGAACUAAAUUUAAAAUUUUAAAUGCUGAUUUAUCUAAUUUAUCCAUUUGUUUCCCCAAAUUUAAAUGUUCUUUCCCACAUUGAUUGAGCAUGUCCUUCAGAAUAUGUCCUUCCAUUGCAUUACUUGUAAAAUAUUUUGCAGUUAGUAUUCUUUAAAGUCUACUUCUCCUAUCUAUAGUCAAAUUUACCCUCAAAUAAAGUACAUUUUGAACAGUUAGUGAGCAUGUUAUAAGGCUACACAGUUUCUUUCUAGGUCCUUUUACUAACCUUUGAAUGAGUUAAAUUAUGUACAGCUUAAAAAAUUUAAAUCCCAUUAGUUUUGUAGUCAUUUUAUAAGGUAAUUAUUUUCACUUGUAUUAUGUCCCCUGAGGUAGAAGAUGUUCAGGAGGUUGGGGUGGGAGGGGUUCUUCCCUUUCCCCCCCCCUAGAACUUCUUAAGUCAUUCUUUUCUCAAUGUAAUUAUUUUAUCUGAUUCUCUGACAAAUUUACUAUAUUUACCAAGUGAGAAAAUGAGAACCAUAUCUCCUUUCCUCUCAAUCUACCAUUGAAAGAAUCACAUACUGGAAGGAUAACUCCAUCAAACCCAGAAAAGUAUCCUCAGCAGUUUCAACAGUCUCGUGUGCUUUAUAAAAUAUUUCCUGUCCCUCUAAAGUUUUAGGUAGUUGAUUCCACGUUCCUUUGGAAGUCACUGAGUAACACAAGCAGAUAAAAAAUUACAAUCAUACCUGUGGAAUUAUGGUUAUUUUGUAGUAUAAAAUAAGGGGAGGUGUUGGACUAUUCUAUGGAUUGUUAUUUUCCUUUAAAUUUAACGUUAUUUUUCCUAUUACUUCUCUGCUCUUAAAAUUAUUUUAUGCUUAUCAAAGAAA